UAUUCUGCCAUUCUACUGAUGUAUUGCAAUGGAUUACGUUAGGUAUGCACGAAGAUGGAUUCUACUCGGAAUACUUUGCGCAAUUGCUUUUGUGAAGAAUUAUGCCAGUACAGGAUUUGUGGUUUUACACAAAGUAGUUGAAGAUUUCUAUGGCGCCACGCCGUAUGAGAUUGACUUGCUUGUCAUCAUUGGGAAUUUUAUUGCAUUCCCCGUGACGUUAUUGGUGGGAUACUUCAGCCAAUCAUUAUCUUUGAGGUCGCUGGUGAUUACCAUGAUAUCAUGUCUUUUGUGUGGGAGUGUGAUCUGUCUUAUUGGAUUUCAAUCAAGAGACCUAUUUUACGUUACGGAAAUUGGUCGGAUUUUUAUGACGUCGACAGCUGGCAUUUUAUAUAUAGCUCAAGUUCUUUUGGCAGCAAGCUGGUUUCCACCGAAUCAAACUGCAACGGCUUUUGUAUUACCAAUAACAAUGUUCAGCAUUGCAUCAAUUACAUCAGCAUUGUUAUUUCCUAAUGUAAUUCCAAACAAUAAUCCUGCAAACUCAACACACAAUUCAUCAUUCGACAUUUCAACGUUUCACCAAACACGUGUUUUGUUCAGCGCUACAUUCGGGGCGAUAUUUUUGAUAAUGAUUGUCUGCUUGCUGUUAUCAAUUCUGUUUUUCAAAAAUCGUCCACCAACACCUCCUAGCCGUUCACAAGAGAAAAAGAUGAUGGAACCGAAACAGUCAUCAGGAAGUCGACUUAUUGAAAUGUGUAGAAUUGCAUUGAUGAAACCAGUCAUGCUAAUUACAUUAGGAACAAUGUUCAGCGAAGGCGCUGUAUGCUUUGGUGUCACACUGAUGCCUUCGUGCUUGCUGGAAACGUUCCCCAAAUUAGACAAUAUAACAGCUGGUAACAUUGCUUUUUUGCGAACACUGGCAACUGUUGCAGCAACAUUCGUUACAGGACGUAUCGUUGACAAGUUUACGAAUUUCAAAUGUACUGCAUUGACAGGUACCUUGAUCUCAAUAUUUUCGACUGUUGGACUGUGUUUUGCGCAUGCACUCGAGCUGCUGAACAUGAUGUACUUUUUGUACGUCUUGCUUAUGAUGGGACGAGGAAUUUUCAUUCCUGCAGUAUAUGAACUUCUAAUAGAAACUACGUAUCCUACUAACAAGAUUUUAAUGAUGUCAAUCAACUCAUCGCUUGGAAACUUGAGCAUGUUCAUGUUAACAACCAUUUUAAGGACCGUGAUGGAAUAUUACAGCGUCACUGUCGCCGGCGUAGCAACAAUAUUUUUUCUUUGUAUUUCACUGGUGUCUGUAGCUCUGGUUGAGCCGAACUACAGACGAAAACGCGCAAAUGCAUACACUAUAUUAUAAACUGAUAGCAUUAUUUGUUCCUUGGUAUGUGGAUGGCAUAUGGGUGACAAGUAAAGAAGAGACCUAUUCUAAUGGAAGGGCUAGUUCUUAUUUGAAGAUGUCGUCGGAAGCUACACUUUUUCUUAAUGUUGGGCUCUGACUUGUGUAAAUAUAUAUUGAAAGGCAGAAGCUCAAACAAAAUUUUGUACGUCUGUAUCAGAGACAUUGCUAAUUGCUAUAUAUAUGAUCGUUUCUUUUGUAGUAGCCUGGCUUUUCGGGUCUCGGAUCUAUUACAAUUCAUCCGUUGACGCAUGGAGCUUACUUUAGUAAAAUUUUUCAUCUAAUAAAACAUUCAACCAGUCCAACAGUGUCACUGAGGUGCUCCAAAUAAUGAUUAUAUUUCUAUUAAAAUAUUCUUUACACAGGGGUGUGCAACCUGUGGGCCAAAUGCGGCCCACAAAGAAAAAUUGUCAUGAGAUCAAUAAUCAAGUUGCUGUUACUGUUGUUGUUGCUACUACUAGAAAGCCUAUGUUGAAUGAAGCUUCGGCCCGCGGUUCCACCCAGUUAUUUGUAUCUGGCCCUCCUGUAUUAAAGGUGGCACACCCCUGCUUCACGCUAUUUAAUUGCAAAUUCCAUCACAUAUUCGUGCCCCUAAAUAUAUAAAAUUGCUUCAGUGUAAAGAUAUAAA